AUGUCUCGCGGCGGCACUACCUUAUAUGUCACAGGCUUUAGCCACGGCACCCGCGCCCGCGAUCUCGCCUACGAAUUCGAACGAUUUGCCUUCGUGGAAUAUGAAGACAGGCGCGAUGCCGAUGACGCAUACCAUGAAAUGCACAACAAACGUAUUGGCCGAGAUGAUUUAUUGAAGAUCGAGUGGGCUAGAACACCUCCUUCAGCCUCAUGGCGCUUCGAAUCUGGGCGUGAUCGUGAUCGUCGUGGACCUCGAUCUCCUCGCCGUGGCCGGUCGCCCUCCCCCCGUCGCAGUACCCGUGACUAUUCUCCGCGCAAAGACGAACGUCGGGAUCGCGACAGAGACUAUGAUCGCGACAGUCGAAGGGACCGAGAUCGCUCUAGAAGCCCUGAACACCGCGACCGAGACCGCGAUACAAAAGAUGAGCGCGAUGAUCGCGACCGAAAGGAAAACGGAACUAACGGCGACGAAAGAAAAGCUGAGAGUCCUCUUCCCGCUCAUGACGAUCUUGAUGUUGCUGACUGGCUAGUCAUUACUGCGAGCAGAUUACGCAGCUCCUUUGUUCUGAACAUUGACUCGACAUUGACUCGAAGAAAGAUCACCAAGGUUUCCAGUAUGAAUGUCCUUAAGCUUCAGAGGAAGUUUCCUCAAUUUCCUCAGAAUGAGAUCUUCCAGCUUUCCGACGCCUUCCAGCGGCUGGACGUAGAAGACCGGGGAUACCUCGACGAAGCAACGGCCAUUAAAGCCACCCAGCAAAGCGAAAAUCAGCCGUAUGAUGUUGUCAGACAAGCUUUGAAGGAAGUAGAUCUCGACUCUUCACGGCGAGUAGAGCUCGAAGACUAUGUCGGACUUAUUUCUAAAUUGCGCGCUGGAUCGACCGCGCAAAAACGUCUCUCUACUGGUCCUGGGCCAGCAUCUUCUGGAGCUGGCGCCACCCAAGGCCAUGCCUCAAAGGGCAGCGUAAGCGGCAAAAUCCAAGUCCAGGGAUCAAAUGCGAACACUACGCAUACAAUCAACGAAGACGAGAGAACAGAGUUUACCCGCCACAUUAACGCGGUCUUAGCUGGUGAUCCGGACAUUGGUAGCCGACUUCCGUUCCCUACCGACACGUUCGAGAUGUUCGACGAAUGUAAAGAUGGUUUGGUUCUUGCGAAACUCAUCAACGACAGCGUUCCGGAUACUAUUGAUGAGCGAGUUAUGAAUAUGCCCGGCCGGAAAACCAAAACUCUAAAUGCUUUCCAAAUGAGUGAGAACAAUAACAUCGUCAUUGAAUCAUGCAAGGGUAUUGGGUGCUCUGUUGUCAAUAUCGGAGCAGGAGAUAUCAUUGAAGUUCGCGAGCAUCUUAUUCUCGGUCUCAUUUGGCAAAUCAUUCGACGAGGCUUGCUGGGAAAAAUCGAUAUCAAGCUGCACCCUGAACUCUACCGACUCCUGGAAGAGGAUGAGACUCUAGAGCAGUUCUUGAGACUGCCUCCUGAGCAGAUUCUGCUUCGUUGGUUCAACUACCACCUAAAAGCCGCCAAUUGGCCCAGAAGAGUGACAAACUUCUCGAGCGAUGUGAAGGACAGUGAGAACUACACCGUCCUCCUCGCGCAAAUUGGAGGAGAGUAUGGCUGCACACGAGCUGCUUUGCAAACCAGAGAUUUAACGCAGAGAGCCGAAGAGGUGUUGCAAGAAGCCGAUAAGCUUGGAUGCCGCAAGUUUUUGACUCCGUCAUCAUUGGUAGCGGGCAACCCGAAACUGAACUUGGCAUUCGUCGCUAAUCUCUUCAAUACCCAUCCUUGCCUUGACCCUAUUACCGAAGAGGAGAAGUUGCAGGUCGAAGAUUUCGACGCAGAGGGAGAACGCGAGGCGAGAGUCUUCACUCUGUGGCUAAACAGCUUGGAUGUGCAGCCAGCUGUAGUCUCGUUUUUCGAUGAUUUGAGGGACGGCUCGGUUCUUCUACAGGCAUACGACAAGGUCAUUAAAGGGUCUGUUAACUGGCGCCACGUUAACAAAGCUCCCGCUCAUGGAGGCGAAAUGCUCAGAUUCAAAGCUGUCGAAAACACAAACUAUGCUAUAGAGUUGGGCAAGCAGAAUGGAUUUUCGCUCGUAGGCAUUCAAGGAGCAGAUAUUACGGACGGCCAAAGAACGUUGACACUUGGACUUGUGUGGCAACUCAUGCGAAAAGAUAUUACGCUGACGCUAUCUUCUCUGGCACAAAAUCUCGGCAAGAGAGAGAUAACUGACGCCGAAAUGGUCAGAUGGGCCAACGAUAUGUCAAAGAAGGGCGGUCGGAACUCAUCUAUUCGGUCAUUCAAGGAUCCUGCGAUUGGCUCUGGUGUUUUCCUUCUGGAUGUUCUCAACGGCAUGAAGAGCAGCUACGUGGACUAUGACCUUGUGACUCCCGGCCAAACGGAAGAAGAUGCAUACAUGAAUGCGAAGUUGAGCAUUAGUAUUGCUCGUAAGCUCGGCGCGACCAUAUGGCUUGUCCCCGAAGAUAUUUGCCAAGUCCGUAGUCGCCUGGUGACGACGUUCAUUGGAUCUCUGAUGGCAACUCACGGUAAAGCGUAA